GUGACUCAGAUAGAGGAAAAGAAGAAAGGAAACGCCCACUUGUGCUCCUGGCGCACAUGCGAGGGGUGUUCGGCUUUCUCCGAGCUCAUUGACUGCUAAAUCAGGAAAUGCCUUUUAAGACAACAAGCCCAGAUUCAAUGUGAUCGAUGCGUUCUUUUGAUUUUAGUCGCUCGCGGGUGUUUAAUAAUCAUCGAGAGACUUGACGAGUCGUUUUAGAAAGAGCCGAGCGAAUGAUUUGAUUCUGCAGAAUGAACAUCAAGACAGAUAAAGUUAGGUGAACGCUGAAGGUUUGUAAGUGAGAGACAUCACACACCUUUGAUCAUGCCAAGAACGAAAAGCGACGAGUUCUCUUUCGUCAGUCCAGCUGUGAAAUAUUUACUUUUCUUCUUCAACAUGAUAUUUUGGGUAAUCGCACUGAUCCUUAUAUCUAUUGGAGUUUAUUCCAGGAUAGUUAAACACGAGACAGCGCUGGCCUGUCUGACGGUGGAUCCUGCUCUGUUAUUGAUGAUAGUGGGCAUUCUCAUGUUCUUCAUCACGUUCUGCGGCUGUGUGGGUUCUCUGAGGGAGAACAUAUGCUUACUGCAGACAUUCUGCAUCGUCUUGACUAUCAUCUUUCUGCUGCAGCUAGUGGCUGGUGUUCUGGGUUUUGUCUUCUCAGACAAGGCACCUGGCAAAGUAACAGAAAUGGUUGACAGCGCCAUCAAGCAUUACAGGGAUGAUAUAGAUCUUCAGAACCUCAUUGACUAUGGGCAAAAACAGUUUAACUGCUGUGGGGGGAUCUCUUACUUGGACUGGUCUCAGAACAUAUACUUCAAUUGUUCAAAAGAGAACCCAAGCAGAGAGCGCUGCUCUGUGCCCUUCUCCUGCUGCCUGAUCUCCAAAGAGGAGACUGUUAUAAAUACCAUGUGUGGUCAUGGGGUGCAGCAGCUGGAAUAUCUCGCAGCUGGUGCCUUCAUUAACACCAAUGGCUGCAUUGAUAAAGUGGUGAACUGGGUCCACAGUAACCUGUUUCUGUUGGGAGGCAUCGCACUGGGCCUGGCCAUCCCACAGUUGGUUGGGAUCCUUCUCUCUCAGAUCCUUAUUAAUCAAAUCCAGGAUCAGAUUAAACUACAGAAUUACAACAAACAACAUCGCUCAGACCCCUGGAGCUGAAACUCAAAAUGGUUUUAUAGAAAGCUUGGAAACUCGUUGCUGCCUGAAGUGACUGACAUGGACUGGAUUCUGAAUAAGGAGAACUGGGCUUAAGAACAGGCAACCAAGACACAUUUUCAUAUGUAAGGUCAUUUGUAUGAUGUUUUAGAAACCAGAAUAUUUGUAGGAAUAGUGUAAGACAAACUGAAGAUCAAGAGGUCAAUAAAACUAUUUUGGGAUAUUUUAUGAGCACAAAAUGUUUUUUUAAGGAGUGUGAUCUUAGUAAAGGAUGGUUCAAA